CUCUCUUUUUUAUUUUGUUUUGUUUGUUUUUGUUGUAAUUGUGUAUACUAUUUUGAAGUACCAGACAAAACUCAACUUCCCAGAACACACCGGUGCAUGGUGUCCUGCUGAAGUAAGCGCAAGCCCCAACGUGGUGCCUGACGGUAUAUCGGCGGGUCGGGUUGGUUGGAGGACCGACAGAAAAAAUUCAUCCGGCGCUGGAGAAAACGAGCAGAUCAGUAAACUAGUAACGCACCAUGGCGGACGCGGGAGGAGGGAAAAUUAGAACCAGGAGGCAUCAUAUCGCUUCCAAACCCUACAUCAAAGGCAAACAGCAACAAGGCAUUAUUGGCAGAGUGACCGACACUGUGAAGAAUAUAGUUCCUGGCUGGUUACAAAAAUACUUCAAGAAUGAUGAGGCAGCAGGAACAGAGGCAGAGGAGGUUGAGGAAACAGCAGAUGGACGGGAGAAUCAUGACGGCCAGAUUCAAAACAACCAGGGUCACACAGACGAGGAGAUGCUCCCGUUUCCCGAUAGAAGGCGCACCCCUGAACCCUCAACCAGUAAUGCAGAGCCAUCUACAAGCCAGUCUGCAUUGAAUUUCAGUAUUCUGCCAAGACCACCGCUCAAUCGAAGUCAUCUUAAUUUCUCCACACUGAAUUCCCCUGCACUUCACUGUCAGCCUUCCACGUCUGCAGCAUUUCCCAUUGGCAGUUCAGGCUUCUCCCUGAUAAAGGAGAUCAAAGACUCUACCUCUCAGCACGAAGAUGAUAACAUCUCAACCACCAGCGGCUUCUCCUCUAGAGCAUCCGAUAAAGAUGUGACCACUUCAAAAAACAUGUGUGUGCUGCCUGUGUGGUCUCCAGAAGCUGACCGUUCUCAAUCAGUCCCACAAAAAGCUGGAACCACUUUGAGGAAGCCAGCUUUUAACCUGUCUGUCUUUGGUGGAUCAUCCACAUCCCUUGCAAGCAGCUCUGCGCUGAAUUCUAGCCAGCUUGGAGACUCGCCGUUUUAUCCUGGCAAAACAACAUAUGGAGGGGCAGCGGCAGUGAGGUCCCCAAGUUCAAGAGUUCGGGGUACACCUUACCAGGCACCUGUAAGAAGACAGAUCACUGCAAAACAGAUUCACUCUCCAUGUGGAGUGACAAGUGCCACCGCACGGAGAAUUCUUCAGUCUUUAGAACGCAUGUCCAGUCCUUUAGCAGAUGCUAAAAGAAUCCCAUCACACACUUCAUCGCCACUAUCUCCAAUGCUGAAUAGGAGUGGAUUAGAAGUCACAAAUUUCCAGUCCAAAAGAAAGAGUGAUGCACAACAUCCUCCUGUCCAGAAGCUUGUGACACCAAAGGCUGCUUCUGUGGCAGUGAACAGAUCUAUGUUUUUCAAACCCUCUUUAACACCGACUGGUCAUUCGAGUAGAUCAGCUGACAGGGGGGGAAGACAAACGAAGCAGGUACCAGAAAUAUCGCUGCAGCACCCGAAAAGCACAAGCAGCUUUUCAUACCCAUCGUUCAGCACUCCUGCAGCUAAUGGAAUGGCUUCUGGAGGGGCAGGUGGGAAGAUGAAGAGGGAGAGGGGCACUCGUGCCUCCUCAAAACCUGCACAGGACCAAGAGCAAGUGGAGGUUCUGAAUCUGCCACAUAUUUCCUUGCCUAUGAGGAUGUCGACUUUACCAACCUUGAACUUCUCUACUGCAAAUACAUCCCCCUCUGUGAUGAUGACGACUCCAGUAGCUAACAAGGUAUCGCCUGCCACCUCUAUUCAGAACCGCACAGAUUUCACCUUCUCAUCACCAAUUUUUAAAGCAACCGAGAUGAGUCCACUACCUCUUACGCCCUCUGCUGGAUUUACGUUUAGCGCACCGGUUUCUAAAACAGUAGCAUCUGACCCGAGUGGAACAACAUCAACGCCUUCAGCCAUGCCAGUUCAGAACUGCUCCACAUUUUCAUCUGCUGUUGGCACUCCGGUGAAUACAAAUGACGAGGACUUUGGUCCCUUCAGACCAGCAAAAACUUUAAAACAGGGCAGUGUGCUUGAUAUUUUAAAAGGACCUGAGUUUUCUUCAUCUCCUUCUCCUGCUAGAAGCACACCAGUCCCGGUGAAGCCUUUCCAGAUGAGUUCCACAAGCUCACCAACUGUGGGGUUUGGAUUUGGGGACAAGUUUAAACCUGCAACAGGCUCCUGGCAAUGUGAUGCUUGUCUCUUGCAGAACAAACCCACUGACAGCAAAUGUGUUGCAUGUCAGACUGCUAAACCAAACAUAGAUUCCUCAAAACAGAGCAAAUGCAGCAAAAUGCCAUCGGAGACCUUGCAGAGCCUUGGAGAUAAAUUCAAACCUGUGUCUGGGACCUGGGAGUGUGACACUUGUUUAGUACAGAACAAACCAGAGGUUACAAAAUGUGUGGCCUGUGAGACUUCAAAGCCUGGGACUGGAGUAAAAUCUGCCUUGACUUUGCCUGCCUUUUCGGAAUGUAAGUUGACAAUGGGUUCUGGUGGCUCCACCUCCACCACAACGACGACAUCUUCGCUGUCUUCUGGGUUCGGCUUUGGGGAAAAGUUCAAAAAGCCGGAAGGAGCCUGGGAUUGCGAUGUGUGCCUUGUACAGAAUAAAGCAGAGGACAUGAAGUGCGUCGCCUGUCAGUGUGCAAAACCAGGUGCUGUUGCAGUACCUUCUACUGCCAUGACUGCCCCAGAAUCAUCUGGAGGGUUGCUAGGCUUUGGAGACAAGUUUAAGAAACCUGAAGGAAGCUGGGACUGUGACGUGUGUGCAGUGGAAAACAAAGCUGAAGUGACGCAAUGUAUGGCAUGUCAAAGUGCAAAGCCAGGAGCCAAGGUGGAGACCAAAGGUUUUAGCUCUUCGGCUUUUUCAUCAGCUACCACUGCAUCCCCAUUUGGUUUUGGGAUUCAGUCUUCCUCUAUGGACUCUUCAGCAACUCGUACAGGGGGAUUUACAUUUGGAGACCAGGGUGGGAUAAAAUUUGGCACCUCAACGACGGAUGAUGCAUCUUCUGGAGGGAUUAAGUUUGGUACGGCAAAGAGCGAGGACAGUAGAAAGGCAGAUUCUCAGACCAUCGGUAGCGGAUUUAAAUUUGGUGCCAGCGGAGGAAUUCAGUUCGGCACUGGAAACUGCAGCAGCCAGUCGGAAAACAAAGCUGCCGAACCAAAAGGCAAGCCAUCUUUGGAAGGUUUCUCUUUUGGAAUCUCCGCCCCUCCUAAAGCAGAUGAGAAAACAGCAGAUGGGGGAUUCAAGUUUGGGGCCCCCAAGGAGAAACUAGAACUGGGAGGAACUGCAGCGGCUGUGCCGUUUUCUUUUGGUAAACAAGAGGAGAAAAAGCUUUCUGGGGAGCAGCUACCAGCAGUUGGAUUUGCUUUUGGGAAACCUGUGGAGGAAGAGACUGGCACUCUGACCCCUGCUGCAGCUGCGGGCUCAACGUUCGUGCUUGGGAAGACUGAUCAGCCAGACCCUAUCAGCAGCUCCUCCAGCUUAAUGUUCAGUAAGGGGAAGGUGACUGACAAGCCUGCACCACAGCUGGGCUUUGCUUUCGGCAAGCCUGAGACGUCCAAGGAGGAGGCCAAACCGACGUUCAGCUUUGGGAAACCUGCUGAAAAGCAAGAGGCAGCAGUGCAACCAAAACCAGCAUUUGCAUUUGGGGCUGCCCCUGCUACUGCAGAUCUAGAAGCUUCCAAGCCUGCAUAUAACUUCAUGGCAAGCGUGUCCGCCUCGGCUACAGUUACUGCUGCCUCCGCGGCCUCCAGCACCCCGGCCACCAACAUGUUUGGAAGCUCCAGCACCUCUGCACCCAUUGCACCGGUCUCUACCUUUGUGUUCGGUCAGGCCAGCAGCACUGGCUUUUCAAGCGGGGCUUCUGAGACCACGACCUCCUCCAAAGGCUUCAUGUUUGGCGCGCAGGAAAGCAAAGCACCUGCUGCUGGAGCCUCACCCUUCAUGUUUGUGACGGGAAGUAAUACUGCAGCCACAGCAGCUUUUGGUUUUGGGUCAGCUACGUCAGCUGCACCUACAACGACCAGUUCUACAGGCUCUUCUGCUUCUCCAUUUGUAUUUGGUUCGGCCUCUUCAACACCAGGCAGUGCCCCUGCUUUUGGCGCCAGCCAGACCCCUGCAUUCGGCCAGGGAUCCAACCAGCCCAGUGCUCCAGCCUUCGGCUCCCCUGCUGCUGCUCUCUUCUCUGCUGGAUCCCAGCCACCUGCCUUUGGGUCCCAGGCCAGCACCAGCCAGCCAUCAGUGUUUGGACAGCAGAGUAAUCAGCCGCCUGCCUUUGGCGCUGCAGUAGCUGCUUCCGCUGCCCCGGCUGCAGGGUUCCAAUUUGGGGCAACUAGUAACUUUGGGACUCCCAACAGCAGUGGGUUCUUUGCUUUUGGUGGAAGUGCUGGAGCAUCUCCAGCCCCAGCAGUCAUCCCGGCAGCACCUGCCCAGCCCUCAGCCUCCACAGGAGGCUUCCAGUUCUCCCAGCCCACAGGAUUUAACAUUGGUUCUACAAAGACUACUAGUACUGGAUCUUCCCAAGGACAACACCAGAUUUCUGGCCGAAAGAUAAAGACUGCAGUUCGACGCAGGAAGUAGACCCUUCCAGUUAGACACUGAAGUACUUUAAAACUGAUCAUUUUAAUAAACCUGGUGCCCUGCAUUAAGACUGGGAUUGUACCUCACUGUCUAGGCUUUGCCUGAUUUAAAAAUCCGCCUCAGACCAUCUCUAAAGUCAGCACAUAUUUGGUCACUGAAUUGGUCUUAGCUGCCUAGUGAAAGGUAAUCUGUAAAAUGACAAAAAAACGACAAAACUAAAAUUUUAGACCCCAGCAAAUGUCUUUAUGAACUGACAUGGUCUGGCUAAUGGUAUAUCCUACAGAUAAUGUCUAUGUACAUUGAUACCUCUUCAUCUGCGCCACUAUACAGAAUAAUGUUCACAUGUUUUUUUAUUGUAACUAUACUGCAGGAUUUCUGUACAGAUUUUGAAGUGUGUGCAAGUGAUCAGUGACUCUGAUCAGUGACUGGGACUGACUGGUGUAUGAUGUGUGACGCAUAUGAAUGUGCAGAUGGUGAAGCGUGGUUGGGUGUAUUGUGCACAAGUUUGAUAAUGGGGGACUGAUGGAAGGAUACCUCUUCCUUAGGACUUUUGUAAACAUGUAAUUCGCUGCAUCUGUUAAAUGCUAUCCACUUUUCCUUUUUUCAUUCUCUUGCGUGCUCUCACCUUUUGACUGUUUUAUUAUGAAAACGUAUGUAAAUACAAUGGUUGAUUCACCCUUUCCUUUAUCAUAAUUAUAUGAAUCUGUGAAAUUUGAAAUUUGUAUUUUGUUUUGUGAGUGUUUAAAGCUUUUUUUUUUUUUUUUUUUUUUUGGUGUUCAGUAUUGUAUUUAGAUUUUAUUAUGUAAAUCUCAUUAUUCAAAGUUGCCUAAAUCCAUUUAACGUAACCUUUAAAGUAAAUUGGGGAAUUCUUUAAAGACUUAAGGUAUAUUGGCUUUUCUGAUCCACUUUUGUUUGGACCAAAACCAGUAUUGUACAAAGUAUAUAUUUUUUUAUAUUUGUUUAAAUGGACUAGGGUGACUUUGGAUAAUAAGGAAGACAAUUUCAUAUUAAAGCCAUGUUUAUUACCGUAUGAUUAACAAAUUAAAACCCUGGGGUAAUUGCCAUCAAUAAAAAUUAUGAAUAGAAA